AAGAAAUUAAGGCGUUGUUGCCAAAUGCUGAGCCGCCUCUUAUUUGGAGUCAUGUGAUUGGCUGCAGGCUGAGUGUUGCAAUAAAAUAAAUGUUUAAAAUAAACCGCCAAAUACACAUUUGAAACAGGUUGAAUCAUUCAGAUCAAAAUGGCGCAGCAACGGUCUAACUUUCAGUUGACCAUAACUGGUUAUAUGUUACCGAAAGAAGAUAAUACUUCAGAAAGUGAAGAUGAUGUUUCAGAAGACGAGAAUGAAGAAGAAGAAGGAAAGCCUGAGUUUCUGGACGUAUAUGAAAUGGAUUUGGUCUCAUCUGGAGGACAAACGAUUACCUCUCGCGCGCCAUCUUCAAAGAAAGUGGUCUUACAGGUUGGUGAAGAAAAGUAUGUGGUUGAGGGUCGUUUUCCUUUACAUGAUCCUUGGUGGAGAAUCACCUGCAGGGUUCGCAAAUGCAAGCGCAAGCAUUUUGUCAAAGAUUACCUGUCAUACAGCCUCCGUACUGAUCUCCAAUCAGUUGGAGGGGCCAUUGUGUCUCUAUUUCUUAAAGCUUGUACGGCCUCACCUAGGUCGGUCAAACCAUUUAUGGACUGGGUGUCCAAAAACAACUAUGAAGAACCCGUCACGGUUAUGAAUGUCAAAAAUGCCUUGCAGUCUUUUGGGUCAAAGCGAAAGUAUAAGGCCGUAUCUAAAGAGCUCAAGUCAUGUGUCCAACACUCAGAUGCUGGACAACAUGUGAAAGUUGCCGUUAUGUUCCCAAACAUCAUGAAAUAUUUGCCAACAUUGCUGCCAUCGCAGUUUAUGACAAUAAUAAGUCAAAGAAAGACAACACACACACGGGACACAUCUGAAGAGACUCCAGAAGGAAUUCCAGAGCAAUUGGACGGACUGGAGAAGUUACUUACAACCUCUGAUGUGUGGAAGUUGGGCUUUCAACACAUCAUGUCUGAGGAAUUUUGUCUGAUCAGGUGCGAAGCAAAAGUGGAGGCCUUCAGACAGUGUGAUUUGUACAAGAACAUCCCAAAACCGCAGCAGAAUGCCCUCCUCCUGUAUGAGAAGCUGAAAAAGUAUUGCAGAGACACUGGUAGCACAUACAUUGAAAAGGAAAAUAUGGUGGCCAAGGUGAGAUGUGAAAUUGGUGAUCAAGGUGCCUGGGAAGCUCUGCAUUUCCUCAAUGUUCAGGGUGUGCUGAUGAAGGACGGGAGCAAGCUUGCACUUCGGAACCUCUUUAACUAUGAGAGUGGUAUCGCUGAAUGUUUGCGGUCUCUACGGAAAAACCCUCUGAAUUUCGAAAUAGAUGUGAGAGAGGUCCUCUGCAGAGCUCAGCUGGAAAGAUCAAGUGCUAAGGCUAAGCAAGACAAUUCGAAUCAUAACCAAUCCAACACCAAUGUAAAAACGAAUGCAUCGGGCUCAACACAAAAUGGCAUGGAGGUAGAGGGCGGGUCUGACCAGACAGGUUUUGCUGAACAAGACUCUGACAUAAAUGGCUCCACCUUCUUUGACUCUGAUCUGGAUUCGGAUCUGGUUUCUAUAGAUGAAGAUCAUGUGAAAGCAGCAGAGAUGAUGUGUACCAAUCCAGUGACUGUGAUCAGCGGAAAGGGGGGUUCUGGAAAGACCACAGUUGUCAGUCUGGUCUUAAUGGAGGUCAUGCAGAAUCAGAAGAAAGACUGUGUAGACAAAGAGCCCCCUCUUGAGAUUCUCCUCACUGCUCCUACAGGGAGAGCCGCUUCACUUCUUACAAAAAAAAAUGGAUUCAAAGCUUACACCAUACACCAGGUUUUAUGGAGUUUUACGAGUACAAAAAAAAAUCCGUUUGGGGAACCCAUGGAAUGGAAGUUCUCAGAGGUGCGGGUGCUAGUGGUGGAUGAAGGCAGUCUGGUGCCUGUUCAGCUUCUUCACUCCCUUCUCAGCAUGCUUACACAACACGCCCAGCUCCAGAAGUUCAUCAUUUUGGGGGAUGUGAGGCAGUUGCCCAGCAUUGAGCCUGGAAACACAUUGUGUGAUUUGUUUAAUGGUUUCAAGAAACCCAACUGGGCCAUUGAGAUGAAGACAAACCAUCGAGCUGAGUCUGAGCUCAUCGUCAAAAAUGCUGAACUAAUUUCAGAUAAAAGAAAACGGUAUACUCCUUGGAUGUUUGAUGCCACCAUAGACAUGACCAGACCCUCCGAAAUCCCAUCAGAUAAAAGCUUCAUUUUUGUCAAACUCUCUGGAGGAAACGAGCUUCAAAAUGCCAUUGAGUUCUUACUAAAGCAAGCUCCUGGGCUCAAAAGUGAUAAACUGUCGCAAUUUUUGGCUUUCAAGAGAAAAGACUGUGAGUUUAUCAACCAACUUUGCUGUGAUCAUUAUUCCAGACAUGAUUUAAAGACUAAAAAAAAUAAACAGAUCUUUCAAAUAAAUGAUAAAGUUUGCUGCACGAGAAGUGGAUACAUCUCAAAAGAUGAGGAUCAACAGGAUGAGAACAAACAAGAUGAAAACAAAAAAGGUGCUGGAGAGAAAAAGGAACGACUUUGCAACGGGGAAGUGUUCUUUAUUAAAGAGGAUGUGACGUUUGAGGAUGCAGGAAGGAAACCCAAAAAGAGGCGGUACCUUACGCUAGAUGAUGAAGACGGACGGGUGGUGACUGCUAGCUUCAAGGUGCUUCAGAAAGAGUGUAAACUACAACAUGCCUGGGCAAAAACCAUUCACACCUUUCAGGGCUCAGAGACAGAAACUGUUGUGUACGUCCUUGGAGAAAGCAAGGUUCAAAACUGGCAACACUUCUACACGGCGGUGACACGGAGUCAGAAGCGUGUAUAUGUCGUGGGUACAGAGACAGUCAUGAAAGAAGCCAUCACAAAAGCGAUCAUCCCUCGUAACACAAGAUUGUGCAGCCUUGUUGCCAGAAGGGAAGACACUUCGACUCAGUCUGGCAUGGCGUCUAAACGGUGUGCUCAGUCGGAAAUCUGCGGUACACCAAGCAAACGACAAUAGGUAUUAAAUUAAUGGAGAAUUUGAUAAAAAAAACUGAGUUCAUUACGCUCAUCAUGUCUAUAAGAUAUUUUGUGGGCAUCAACAGCAAACGUCCCCAAGAGACUCUCUUGGUCUGUUUAGAGCUGAAUUAUCAUAGGGAAUGCAAUUCUGUUGGUCAGAUUAUGCUUUAUAAAAAAUCACGUAGUCACAUCGUAGUCAACAUCUAACCAGCUUUUUUAGCAUUAGCUUAACAAUUAUCAUUCAUGAAGCAAGGUGGGCAAGGUAUAAACAUACAUGCAGUUUAUUACAGUUAUAGUUUGUUUUCAUUAACCAAAAGGGGUUAUAAGGUCAAAUAUUUUAAACCGGAACAUAGCAUUUACCAUUCAAACACAUUUUUAAACACGAAAAUUUGUAAUUUUUGAACAACAUGUUAAACAUUUUUAAUAAAAGCUUUUCUUUAAAAAAAUUUUUUUACUUUUAACCCCACUGCAUGCAUAGAAAGGGAGAGGUGAAGGGUUUUAUUCUUAAUAUCAUCGCCUUGGCAUUAUAAGGUUCUGUCUCUUAAAAAAACACAAUACAAAACUAAAUUUAUUUCCAUUUGAGCUGCUCUCAUUGACAAGAGUAUCAAUAAAACAGUCAACCUUGAGGUUUCAUUUAAACAUUGUUUAGGGUUGCGCUGUUUCCUCUGAUAUUCCUCUGUCACUGAGGAGUCCCAGAUUGGUCCUCUAAGUGCAUUCAAAGUCCUCAUUGGCUCUUGGAGAUAGAACAUUAUAGCACCAAAUUAUAAUUCGAUUUUGUAGAUAGAAACUAUUUUUAUCUAAAAAAAUAAAAAUGCAUCCAUUAAAAAACAAACAUGGCAUAAAGUAAAAAGUGAUCACAGAAUAAGAAUAUGUGAAUAACUAAAUUUUGACCAAAAUGUCAGAUGGAACCUUAUAAGGCGAAGAUAUGCUGAAAUCAAGUAUAUUACAAAUACAAUUUUACUAUUAUUAACAGCAAGAGUGUAAUUAUCUUUCACAAUUUGUUUGUGUACUUCUAACUCUUGUUCAAAUGGAUGUUAUGUCAAAUGUAAUAAAUGGUGUUUAUGAGCACAAACUUUAAUAAUGUGCAUUUUAUUGCU